GACUUUCUUGCCACCAAGCGUCAGACCGCCAAUGUUGCGCUCCUUCUGCAUGAUGCCAACUGCCCACAUUGCCGAAAAGCUUUACCGGAGCUUGACCGUGUUGCGGAAGACUUCCGGUCAGAAGGGGUGAUCUUGGCGCACGCCGACUGCACCCACAAUAAGGGCAGCAUUCAGAACGAAUUCAACUUGAAAGGCUUCCCUGGCUUCCUGUUCUGGAGACAAAGCGCUCCUUUGGAGGAGUUGGUGGAUCAAGUUUUCGUCGUAGACACUGACGUUGAUUUCAUUCUGCGUUCCAGCCGCCUAGCGGAGAUUGGUAAGGAGCGUGACGGUGCGCGUCGCGCGCUGGCUGGAAUGCAAGUCACGGUGAAAGCCACGGACAGCAAGGACAUGACCGUUCAGGUGGAAGGCCCCAGCGGCCAGCUGGUGUGGAUACCACAUGAGACGCUUCUGAAGCAGGGCCGGCGUUUGCCCUACAGGCGCGGAGAUGGAGUUGCUCGCUAUCGCAAUGUCUGGGAAAAGGAACCGAUGACGCAGUUCCUGAAACGCAUGUUGCAGCCACUUGUCACAAGCCUCCCCAGCGCGACUUUGGCUUCCUUGGAUGGCGAAGGGCCAGCACUGGUGCUUUGUUCGCGCACGCUGACACGCGGUUUCCUCGAGGCUGCUGUGACCCACCAGCUCUCCAUGAGGGCCUACCAGGCUACGGCGGAGUGCCCCCUGCAGCCCGAAGCAGGCGAGCAGCUGGUGGUGUACGCUCCAGCGGCCACGCAGUGGGCAGCAGUGAAGCUUGGCAUGAGGGUGCAGGGC